AUGGUCGACUCGCUACAAGGGCAGCGACGGCCUUGUCGCCCAGUCCGCCUCCUUGCCAUCUUCAUCUGCACCAGCUUGACAGUGUUUUCCCUUCUGAAGCAAGGCGCCACGCCGCCUCUCCCCUCGUCCCGUCCCCCCUCGCCCUUCAAUGCCUCCAAGCUCGCCCUGCUCGUCGAAGACCGGCCGCUCCCGGUCCUCGCGCCGCUCGUGCUGCACUUCAUGGCCGCCCUGCCUCCCGACUGGCGCUUCCUGUUCCUCGGCUCCGCGUCGUCGCUCUCCGCCGUCAACGCCUCCGUCGCCAUCCGCAACCACGCCCGCACCGGCAGGCUCGGGCUGCAGCGCCUCCCCGCAAACGUGAGCACCUCGAGCCAGGAGAUGAUCAGCCGUUUCCUGACGUCGCGCUGGCUCUACGAGACGGCCGUCGUGCCGGCCGAGUGGCUGCUCGUCUUUCAGACCGACUCGAUAGUCUGUGCAAACAGCAGGCUCGCUGUGGAUGACUUCCUCGAGUACGACUGGGUCGGCGCGCCGUGGAACCCGGACGGGAAAUGGGGAGGCAACGGGGGGCUUUCCCUCCGCCGCGUGAGCCGUAUCCUGGAGAUUCUGCGCAACCAGGAGCGGCCCGACGACUCGGAGCCCGAGGAUGUCUGGCUCUCGGAGCGCCUCCUGUACUUUCCCGGUAGCAACAUGGCCAACGGCUCCGUCUCGCUCUCCUUUUCCGGCGAGAUCCACAGCGGCAGGCCCGAGCACGUCGUCCUGCCGUCCAUGGCCAACGGCACCGUCGCCAACGAUGGCGACUACGUCGAGGGCAUGGACGAUUGGCGCGACGGCUUCUACGAGCCCAUGGGCUACCACACUGGCGGCAGCGGCGUCUGGCUUCACUCCCCCCUUUGGGGCACGCCCGAGCUCCGCAGGCACAUCUGGUCCUACUGUCCCGAGGUCAAGAUGACGCUGCCCAUGGACGUGGCCCUCUUCGUGCCCGGAAACUGUGGCGAGCGCUGGUGA